AUGUCUCAUGGUCAAUACGACGCUGAAGAGGUGAGCUUAGGCGAGAACGAGAACGUCGAUGAAAAUGCCGAAGACAACUGUGACGACCAGGUCGAAGAAGAGCAGGAGGAAGAGCCCUUGCCAAUAAUAGAUCCAGCUGUCUUCGGCCUCAAGGAGAUUUCAAACUUGGGAAAGUUUACAGUGAGCAGCCAUAAGCCGGGCAAUGGGGUUGAACAGCUUCGAAGUGAUGAUUUGACAUCAUACUGGCAAUCGGAUGGUCCGCAGCCUCACAAGCUUACCAUCUACUUUGUCAAACGGGUUGGUAUCCGAGACAUUCGCUUUUACGUCGACUAUAAUGAAGAUGAAUCCUACACUCCUACGAAAAUCAUCUUCAAAUCUGGCACGAGUGAGAACAACCUUAUUCAAUUCGCCGCCAUGAAUAUGGAAAGCCCUGUGGGCUGGCAACAGGUACCACUUGCAGGUGUCGGUGGCGAGCCCGAUGGCAACACCCUCGUGUCUUGGGUGUUACAAAUGCAAAUACUAGAAAAUCACCAAAACGGCAAGGACACUCACCUGCGCGGCAUAAAGAUUUAUGCCUUUGACGCCGAUGCGGUUCAGCCUAGCGAGCCGGAUAACACCGUCAAUACGGACAGUCUCGCCGAACGUCAAGCUGCUGCUAGACUGGACGACAUUGCCCAAAUACUGGCCGCGGCAAGACUAGAGAGUAGUGAGACGGGCUUCUCUCUUCCUGAUUUCAUGCGAGAUGCGGAGAUUCGAUAG